AUGAGGAGGAGGAGGAGGAGGAGGAGGUGGAGGAGGAGGAGAGACACUGUUUACAAGGGUAAGAAUUAUGAUGGGGAAACUGGAAGUAGUGUUAAGAUUUCGCAGGAACAGGGAAAGGGUGAAGAAGUGAUUGCAAAUAAAAUGAACAAAAGGAGGAAAACUGUUGCUAAGGGUAAGAAUGACUGUGAUGAUGGUGAUGGGGGAAGUGGAAGCGAUGUCGUGUUUGUGACUGAAGAAGAUGUCCCUCCAAACUUGAGAUGUAAUUAUGUAAAGGGUAGGAAGCAGUUUUCAUCUAGAGGAAAGAGGGGUAGUAGUGAUGGAAAUACAAGAAGUGAAAGGGUGAACAUGGAGAGUGAACCUUUAGAGAAUGGAGCUCAGGACAAGGGAAAGGGUCUUCUGAUUGACAAUCUUAAUACACUCGACUCAAAAUCCUCUAGCUCUGAAGAGGAUGCUGAUGAUUCUGAUAGAGACUAUAGUGAGGAAGAAUCAAGGAGCUCUAGUACGCAAUCAAACCAUUGGGGUUAUUGUAGUGAGGAUAAACUUGAAGGAGGGAUAGGCAAAGAUGAUGGCUUCAUUCAACUCCCAAGUCCAAAGUCCAGAAAACAGGAACCGGGACUUGGAACAUUAAGAAAGUGCCACCUUCAUGUUUUUGACAGUGAAAGUUUUGAUUCUUCAAGUGAGGAUUCUGAUUCAUCAGAUCAGGUGCCAAAGAAGAAAAAGGAAGGUAGUAGAAUAACUAAGCCCUCUAAGAGAAGAGAAAGAGACGUGGAUUACAUGAAUAUUCUUCUGGGGUCCAUGCUGAAGGAUGAUGAGCAGACAAAGGAAAAUCCAUUUGGUUUUGAAGACAAUGGUCCUACUCAUACACUGCCGUUAAAAUUCAGAUUUGAUGAUGAGGAUCCUGCCCCACCCGAGAAAGAAGACUGGCAGAAAGAAAUUGAUGAUCUUUUUACUGAGAUGGAAAUGUGCCUCACAUUAUCUGCUUCUGACUUUACUGAAUCAUCCAAGGAUGGCACUCAUCAUGUCACUGCAACGGCCAAAUGCCAAGCAGAAUUAUGUCGGUCAGGGAAACAUCAGCUGAUUCUUGAAGAACCAAUUGGAAUCAUAUGCAAAUGUUGUCAAAUUGUCCAUAAGGAGAUGAAGGAGAUUUUUCCUACUCUGAAAAUGGAAACUCCACGAAGACGGGAUUGGGUUGACCUUCGCAGAGGUGAUUGCUUUGGUAUGCAUGAGCUUCAUUUUGAUGACUCAAGCUUUGGAAACUAUUAUACCUCCAUUGACGCUGAAGGCUCUGUCCUGGAUCUUAUUCCAGAACAUAUUAGGAUGUCAAUGUAUAGUCAUCAGCUGGAUGGAUUUGUCUUCUUGUGGAAAAACAUAGUAGGAGAAACCUGUAUUGAGAAGCUGAAAACUGAACUGUCUGAUGAUGGAAGAGGAGCCAUAAUAUCACAUGCCCCCGGCACCGGGAAGACCUGCCUGACAAUUGUUUUUAUUCUGUCAUUGUUGAAAAUGUAUCCAAUGUGCCGACCCGUGAUUAUAGCCCCUACAAGCAUGCUGCUUACCUGGGAAAAUGAGUUCCGAAAAUGGGGACAUAGAAUUCCUUUUCAUAACUUUAAUAGCAAGGAUUUGUCGGGAAAUGAACUCAAAACUGAUGCAGAAUUUCUUCGGAGAGUAGGAAGUCGAAUGACAAAGCUCUACUCGUGGACAAAGGAGAAAAGUGUUCUAGGAAUCAGCUACAAGUUGUUUGAGCAGAUUGCUAGUGGACGGAAGGGAAAAGGAAGUGGUGAAAGGCUUGGGGAAAUCUUUCUUCAACUGCCUGGAUUUGUGGUUCUUGACGAAGGGCACACGCCUCGCAAUCAACAGAGUCUUGUCUGGAAGGUUUUGACAGGAGUUAAGACAAAAAGAAAGAUAAUUCUCUCUGGAACUCCUUUUCAGAAUAACUUUGACGAGUUGUAUAAUACCCUUUGCCUGGUAAACCCAAAGCUUUCUGGUUCAGUGACCUUUGAGAGUUGCAGCAGAAGAUGGCAGCGGAAGAGCAAUGUGGAGAAAGAGAGAUGGGUUUCCUUGACCAAUGCCAUUGACAAGAACUCUGACAAUGCUGUAGAGGAGCUCAAAGCUAUGAUAGAUCCCUUUGUACAUGUACACAAAGGUUCUAUACUAGAAGAGAGUCUCCCUGGUCUGAAGGACACACUUGUUAUUUUGCGGCCAACUGAUGAGCAGAAGGAAAUUCUUCAGCUUAUAUUGGAUGAUUGGAGCAGGUUUGACCAAGUACAUUUGGUGUCACUCAUUUCUGUCCACCCCUCAUUAGCUGCUUUCAGUAAACGCUUCUCUGCCCACAAAGACAGACUAGGGGUACUUGGAUGCAGUCCUUAUGCUGGAGUAAAGACGAAAUUUGCCAUUGAGCUCAUCCGUUUAUGUGAUGCAUCGCAUGAGAAGGUUUUAGUAUUCAGUGAAUUUAUUCACCCUUUGAGAUUCAUAAUGCAGCAGCUGAUGGAUCAGUUAAAGUGGAGGGAAGGCAUAGAAGUGCUGUAUAUGGAUGGAAAAUGUGACGAGAAGAAUCGUCAGUCAUCAAUUAGUUCUCUGAAUGAUGCCUCUAGUAAGGUGAAAGUUCUUUUUGCAUCCACAAAAGCUUGUUCUGAAGGAAUAAAUCUAAUUGGGGCUUCAAGAGUUGUUUUGUUAGAUGUCGUUUGGAAUCCUUCAGUUGAAAGGCAAGCAAUAAGCAGAGCAUAUAGGCUUGGCCAAAAGAAGUUUGUGUAUGUUUAUCAUUUGAUAACUUCUGGGACCUUGGAGGUUGAAAAGUAUGCUCAACAAGCGAACAAAGAUCGCUUGUCUGAGUUGGUAUUUUCUUCUCGAGUUGGGCAAAGUAACAAGUCUAGAAUCUCAUCUGUUUUCGAAGAUAAAAUCUUGGAAGGAAUGCUUGACAACAAAAUGCUGAAUGAUAUCUUUGAGAAUGUUAUUCACCAGCCAAAGGGAUCUAAUGUAUUUGCAAACUUCAAUUAUGUUGAGCACAAGCAUUAGCCAAAAGACCUUUUGCUGCUGUAUCUCUCAUUGGUUGUUGAUACUGUAUCCUAUUGUUUGGGAGCUCCAGUGACCUUUCUUCUGGUAGCUUUUGAAACUUGCUGCACUUUGUCAUUGAGUAUACUCUGGUAGUGAUAUGAAACUUGUUCUAUGUUUUA